AUGGCCCCCAAUGUUGAAGCCGGACUUCCUACUACCGAAUCUCAUGUAGACAGGUACAACGUACACAGUACCGAUGUUAUUCAGGAUGCACGCGUUAAUGUUACCAAAGAGCACUCCGACACUGUUAUCUGGUACAAGGAAAGGUUCCUCACUGACGACGAGAUCGUUGAGCAUAUCGUGCAUAAUCCUACAUCUAAAAUAUGUUGGACAAUACAUCGACCCAAACGUGGCUGGUAUAUCAGGAUUCGAUCGCGUCACUUUCCACCGGGGGUAUUCAUUCCACUGGCGCCCGUAUCACCAACAUCGCCUCAUCAUGUCGACGCCGCCCUGUCGUUUUUCAGUAGAACGAACAUGCCAUAUCUUAGAGAACCGGAAGAGGCUUUCACAUUCCAGGAAGGCUCGUCGUCGUUAUCGGUCCACUCUUAUCCGCCAACACCGCCCCCGCCACCACCAGGAUCAUCGUCGCCAUCCUCGUCCAUUAAAUCAGAAGAAUAUUUCGGAAGGAACAAGCACAAACCACAGGUCUCCGAGUUUAUCCUUGCUCCUCAUUCGUCGCAGCAUGUAGAAACGACCGAAGACAGCACAAUCUUUGCUCGUGCCUUCGCAGCGCUGCGUAACCACAAACCGUCGCACUCAAAUUCAUUUACGCUGUCGCGCGUCGCGCAGCCACCAGUAUCUCCGCCUCCCUAUGCCUCAGAUCCAGUGCUUGCACCUACUGAGCGUCCAAAAUCGAUUCUGUGUCCGCCUUUGUUGGUAUUCCAUGAUCGGACGCCAGUGUACUCAGUCGCAUCCUUUACGGGCACGAUUGAGUUCGAUAGAGCCGAAGAAGGAUUGGUUGGUGUGGACACGAGCUUCUGGAUCGCAGUCGCCCUGACGUAUCUGGAAUUCCUUGCAGAACGAGAGAGCUACCUGGCAGCAUUGAGUGAUUAA